CUUCUUCCUCCUCCUCCUCCUCCGGCGGGGCGGGGAAGUUUCUGGCACCUUCUGGCGGUGCCGGCGGAAGCGGCCGGCGGGGAGCGGGGGGAGCGGCGGAGGCGGCGCCGCGGCAGCGCCAUGGCCAAGUGGGGCCAGGGGGACCCGCGCUGGAUCGUGGAGGAGCGGGCGGACGCCACCAACGUGAACAACUGGCACUGGACGGAGCGGGACGCGACCAGCUGGUCCAAGAGGAAGCUGAAGGAGGUGCUGGAGGGGCUGGUGGUGGAGGGCGAGGCCGGGCGCUGCGAGAUCGGCGACCUCAAACACGUGGAGGGCGAAGCGUCCUGCAACAGCCGCAAAGGGAAACUCAUCUUCUUCUACGAGUGGAACCUGCGCCUCAGCUGGAAAGGUACAGUGAAAGAGUCUGGUGAGAAACAUAAGGGAUCUGUUGAAAUUCCUAACCUGUCAGAAGAAAAUGAGGUAGAUGAUACAGAGAUAAAUGUUAGCAAGAAGAAAGGGGAAGGUGAUGUUCUGAAGGACCUGAUGAGAACUGAAGGAGCCACCAAAGUCAGAGAGGCCCUGAGGGACUACCUGAAAGCACUUAAAACAGAGUUCACCUUGGGAAUGAUUCUGCCAACAAAAGCUCCUGCUGGUCAGGAACCGGCCAUGGAGCGCAAACCAAGCGGGAGCAGCGUGCAGGACUCUGUUACACCACAGUCUCUGGAUAUGGUUGGAGUAAAGAUUCCAACAGUGAGGAUACAUAUGAGGGAAGUGUUCAACUCUCCAGCUGAUGAACUUUACAGCAUCUUCACAAAGAAGGAAUUGGUACAGAAGUUCUCCAAGUGCCCAGCUGUGAUUGAAGCAGAGAAAGGAGGCAAACUCCAGAUGUUUGAGGGCUGUGUCAGCGGUGAAUACACAGAACUGGUCCCAAGCCAAAGGAUUGUCCUGAAGUGGCGGUGUCGGAGCUGGCCUGACGAACAUUAUGCAACUGUGGCCUUGAACUUCCAGGACCUGGCGGCUCAGUCGGAACUGGAGCUGGAAUGCAAAGGGGUUCCUGUCUCCCAUGAAGAGAGUACAAGACAAUGUUGGAAGAAGCAAUAUUUUGAAGAAAUACAUGUUUUACUGCAGCAAUCAAAAGACAACAUGGAAUGAUAACAGCACUGUAGUUUUGUUAGGGCAUUACUUUUUAUACUUUGUUAACAUUUGGUUUUCUAAAAAAAAAAAUAAUUUAUUUGUGGGAAGAAUAAAGACCCACUUCUAUGAGACUGUACAUAGUUUAAGCACUAUUUAUGGGUUUUUAGGGAAUGAGAGGCAAGGCAGACUGUUGAUAUUCACAGCUUUACUUGGGGACAGUCCUCUGUGUUCUGCUUGCCUGGAACUUGAGAGUGACAAUGAUUCAGUUGCAGUGAGCCCUGCCCUCAGAGGUAGGUGAGCUACACCAUUGACAGGAAGCAUUUCCAGUUCCUUAAUAUUCAGCGUAUCAAGUGGCAAAAUUAAAUCCCUGUGGGAGACGGAGUUCCCAGCAGAGGUGAGCUGAAAGGGAUUACAAAACUGCUGAUCCAUUUCAAGAAAUGGGGGGGUAUCCUUUACAGCCUUUGUGGAAUACUUGCUAGAUGCUUUAACUGCAGCCUGUUUGCAGCUGCACUGUUAGGAAAGAUAAUUAACAAUGUCAUGUAAUUAUUAGGUCUGCAUGCACUGUACUCCCUUACUUGACCUCGGUGUGACAUUUAUUUAGGAAGAAACAAACAGUAGUAGUGCUUGCUUUCUGCAGUUCUGUAAAACCUUCCCCUGAAAUGAUUCACAGCCCUCUGCAAUGCUGUACCUCAAAGAGAACAACUGCAAAGACAAUUCUGACAGGAACAAAUUGUAAUCCCUAACUGAACCAUCUCGAGGUGAGCAAGGAUGACUUAGGUCUCAAAUGCUUUAUAAAUAAAGUGUACAAAUGAAAUAUGCAAUCUGAGACAAUCUGACCACUACAGGGCAGGCUGCUUUUGGAAAACAUGCUUGGCUCAAUAAAAAUAUGACUUUUACAUCAAGCUGAUUUUCUCCAUAAACUGAUAGUGCCACACUAAAUAAGUUUCUUAGAAGUUAAGUCCUGUAUAUUUUAUUUUUACAGAAUGCCAACACAUGGCAACCUUACCACCCAAACAGCUUCCAUCAUCCUGAGGAGACAGCUCCCUGCUGCAGGCCAGCUUCUCCUGAGACAUUUGCAGUCAGUUACUAACAACCCCUGUGAACUGAGGUGAGCUCUGUGGUAGUGAAAAGAACCAAGUCCCCACAGUGACAGGAGGGGCACAGAGCACUCCUGGGUGCUCUAAGCAUCCAGGUGCUAGGUGGGGAGCAACCUCUUGAGAAAUGGUGGAUUUUAGCAUCUGUUUCUGAAUGCUCAAAGUUUAGUUACCUUUCUUCCCCCCCCAGUAUUCAAGGAAGAAAAGCCUGAUGUUUUGAAUACAGAAAUGAUUCAGGGUAGGGGCUGACAAAGGGACAUGAAGGUCCCAGACAGUUCAGGCUUCAGCAGGUUUAGGGGUAGAUGGUUGAAGAGAUACUGCAAUGGUUUAAUCCUUUAGAGUAGGUGGUUCCGUGCAAUUCCAAGUUCCUUCCAACAGUGAAACUGCAGCCCCAGUGCUCUCUGAGAAUUGUGCUUCCUCAUGACUGAAAUCUCCUGGUUUUCCUGUCUCCCUGCCCUCAGUGAUGUUAAAAAAGACAGGACUUACUUGUGCUUGCAGUGUUGCAGUCCCUGCUCCAGGUGGGAGGCUGCCAAAACCCCAGGAAAACGAGGAGGAGCAGCUCCAUACCCCGCUCAGACUGGUGCUAAAAUUUCUCCUGGACUUCCCAAUUAAAACUGUUGGAUGGUAAUUCUCUGAGAAAGGCAAAGAGAAAAACAGUACAAUGGGAAAGACAUGGUUUGUAAGAUCAUGACCAGAAUUCUUCACAGAUCUCAGCACUUCAGGUGCCAUAGGAGAGACUGUCUGUGCAUGGAGAAGGUAUUUAAAAGCUUAAUUUUGAAGGGGUUAAAGGGGAGGUAGAAAUAAGUAAUAAUAAAUGAGAAGUGGGAUAAAACCUGGAAGUAAAUCAAAGCUUUUAAGAGACUGAGGAAGCCAGUGGAAGAUUAAAGGGUUUAGGGUUAAAGGGCUUUCAAAGGUGGGAUAAGGGAACAUUUCUGAAAGCAGAAAAACCCAAACCAGAAAACUGAUUUAAAGUGAGAGAAGGGGAAUAGAAGGGAAGAAAUAAUGACUUACACAGCACAGAAGUGAGGGAGAGAGAGGACAGACACCUGGAAACAGGCUCUGGAAAAGUAAGAACUUUGUGCAGGUAUUGCUUGCUUCUGUUCAAAAAACUCUACUGCAGAAAAGGUCUUUGUAAAAACUGCAGGAAUACUCCAGGGGAAAUUAGGAGUAAGGAAAGAGCAGUAAGAGUAAUUAUAUUUCUGGUAAUCCUGACAUGAUUAAUGGUGUAGUAUUUGUGUAUCCUUUAUGAAAUCAAUUUCGUACUGUUUAUAGUUGGUCUGCUCAAAAAUGAGCUAAAAAACCACCCCAAAGGCCGGAAUGCCUCAACUCUGGUGUGACCCCAUCCUGCAGGAGCUGCUAAAGCCAGCAACAGGCACCAGCUCAGAUCUCAACUGCAGUGUUAAUAAGGCUGAUUAAUUAAGAAAAUGACUCACCCAGAGGGGUUCCAACAGCUGCUGCAGCUCAGGUUUUCAUCCACAGGCCAAUGUUUUCCUUGACAGAAAAAUUCUGAUUGUAGAAGUUUUGACUAGAAGCCGUUGGUGAUUUCUCUGGAGUUAAAAUCUGGGGAAAACUUAUCAGAAAAAGGAGUAAAAUUAUUCCUAAAGAGAGCAAAACCAUAAUUAUUUCAUGUCUGAAUAAUGAGAAUACCAACUUAAGCACUUACCAGUGUCAGCAGUGUCUCUAAAUACAGGAUAAAAAUGCUAAAUAAACAGGAGUAUAAAUUUGUAAACUUUGAAGACAAAUUAAUUACAGAACAUUGAAACCAAUGAGAGUAAAUUCAAAGGGAGCAAGAGCAUCACAGACUCAAGGAGAAGCAAGUGACGCAAAACUGCAGCGAAGGGUAGAUGGAAUGAAGGAACUUCGAAGAAAAAAGACCAAGGUAGAUGAAGACAGUAGAAAAACAAAUGAGCUGAGCAACUGGAAAAUGAAGCUGAAAAUGGAGUUUAAUCAGAUAUUGGAACCAGUAGCAUUGACAGUCCAAAAGGUCACAUAGGAAACUGGCAUUACUCAGAAAUAACAGGGGGAGGUAUAAUGGGAGGGAUGGUAAAGUCAUUCCAGGGGUGCAGAAGCUGUCAAAAAGUGAGGGGCACAGCCAGACAGAGCAGAGGGAAAAAAGAAAGGAAGUCUGUAAAUGGUGCAGGAGAAAAACUGUAGAAGAGAUGUUAAAAUAAGGAAGAUGAGAUGCCAGAUCCCCCUGGCUUUGGACAGCACUGCAGGUUCCAACACAAGCACCUCUCCACCGUGUGGCUGGACACUCGUGCACGCUAAACAAGCACCAAAAUCUCCGUCAAAUCUGAACUCUGACCAUCAUUUCUCUCUGCUGCUGUGUCACUUAAGAAGCUCUUGGCUGAGAAAUCCAAAGACUGAAGCAACAUAUUAUAAACCAAUGAAAAGUCAUCACAAUCAGUUUAAUGAAGUGCACAGAAUAGCAAUUGAUCAUGUCAAUAAAAAUAAAACAAUUAAUUUUACAUCAAGUGUGCUUUAUUUCCUCCACAGGUAUUCUGUUAAAUAAAGCACCAUAUAUAUACUGCCAGGCCACAGCUAAAGAGGAUUCUUUACAGAAUCAAAUUUCUUGUGGUUGUUUAGUAUACAAGUAAACUUAAUUUUGAUAAUAAGAACCACAGCGAUCUGAGGCAAUCUGCCUCGAUUAUAAGGUACAAAACUGGCACAGAGGACACCAUAUUAUACACAGUAAAAAUGCCAUAAGUUUAAAUUACAUCAUACAGGGCCAGGAGGCCCUGUCUCCCAGACAGCCAUAUUAAAUGAAAGCCACUACAGUGAACUCUUAAUUACAUAAAACAUAGCCAUUAUCUGAUUGCCCUUUAAGAAAGUGUACGGUAGAUGCAAAAUAAAAUAAAAUUUAAAAAAAAUAAUCUUGAGUUCUGCCUGACCAAGAAUUAAGCAUAUAAAUCUAUCUUGCCAUUCAAGCAGAGAGCACUGGACAAACUGAAGCACAAAACAGAAAUAAGCAAAACUUAUACAAACAGCAUUUUUUGGGGGGAAGAAGGA